AUGGAUUCACUUCUCCAACCAGUAGCAGGAGACAAUGAGCAACAUCAGUUUUGUGUGGAGGUGAUGAAACGCCUCAAUAUUCAACGAAGGAAUGAACAUCUCUGCGAUGUGAUUCUAGAAGUUGGUUCGGGAGAUCAUCAAGCUCGCUUGAAAGCCCAUAAAAUCGUGUUAUGCGCAGCGAGUCCGUUCUUUUACAAUGCGCUAAACAUUGACAUGACAGAAAAGAAAGAAGGAGUGAUCAAACUGGAACAAACGAGCAAGGCUGUAAUGGGAGAAGUGUUGGAAUAUCUCUACACGGGACAUGUUGACAUCAAUGAACAAAAUGUCUUUGAUUUGCUACAACUGGCUGAUUUUCUAAUUGUUCCCAAUUUGAAAGUGACGUCAGUGGAAUUUAUUUCUCAAACAUUGUCUUCUUCGAGCUGCUUAAUGGCCUAUUACUCCGCCAUCAAGUACCAGUGCCCCGACUUGCAAAAACAAGCGAGUGAUUUCAUCUUUGCAAACUUUAUGAGUGUUGCAAAAUCAGAAGAUUUUCAGAAUUUGAAAUGUGAACAAGUGGAAGAGUGGAUUUCAAGUGAUGAAAUUCAAGUGAAAAGCGAGGAAGAAGUUUUUCACGUGAUCUCGAAGUGGACGGAAGGGCGUGAUCAUAAAGAAUGUAAGUUUUAUGAAUUGUUUCGUCACGUUCGUGUCGCUUACAUGUCACGCAGUUUUGUGCUCAAUGUGAUUUUACCACAUCCUCUUGUGAAAGGCAGUGCAGUUUGCACAGAGUUUGUUUUAAAUGCAAUGAAAGAGGUCUCAAGUGGCAGAGAAGAUUGCUAUUUUGCCAAACCACCAAGGAACUGCCUCAAGAGUUAUGAAGAUGGGCUUGUUGUCUGUGGAUUGGAUAAAACGUAUUGCUACAUUCCUUCAGAUAACAGAUGCUACAAGAUGGCAGAUAUGCGAACGAAAGGACAAUUACCUGGCACUUGUAUGGAUACUUGUCAUGGAAAAUUAUACAUCAUGAUAAUAAGUGGUGAUGGUGAUACCACUGAACUGAAACGUUAUGAUCCAUUAGUCAAUUCUUGGGAUCCUAUGGAAGAGCAUGCAGAAGAUACUUUCUAUGCAGUUGUUAAUUUCCAAGGUUGUCUCUAUUUAAUUUGGUGGAAUGUCCACUGGUGGUGAUGAAAGUAAGCGCGUGCACAGGUACAAUCCUGAGACAAACCUGUGGCAGGAGGUAGCACCUAUGAGUGUCGCAAGGUGGGGUGUCUGUGCUGUCGCAGAUCAAAAGUCUCUGUAUGCAAUAGCAGGCAAGUCUGGUGAUGAAUUGCUAGACUUGGUGGAAACAUAUGACCCUGAAAGAAACUCUUGGAGUAAAGUUGGUCCAACUUCUGAAAGAAAGAUGUUCUCUUGUGGUGCUGUUGUGAAAGGGAAAGUGUUUUUGUUUGGAGGAUUCUUGGUCAGCAAUGGAAUUGAAACUUUCUCAAGUUGUAUUGAAAUGUAUGACCCAACAUCAAAUGUGUGGUCCAUUCUUCAAAAUGCAAACUGGCUAUGUGCAAUGAGUGCUGUGAGUUUUAAAGAAAAUAUUUAUGUGACAUGCCGGAAGGGUGAUGAGAUCUCCUUGUAUAGGUAUGAUUUUGACAAGAGUGAACUGCAACCUUGUGCUUCAUGUUGUAGUUCAGGUGAUGACAAUUUCCCUCCGUGGGCGAUUGCAACUCUACGAAUUCCAAAGGAUAUCCUAAGGACAUUUGUUAAGAUGAAAGCAGUGUAA